AUGCCGUACCAACACAUUCUUGACCGGCGAUGGGGAACGUUGAAGGCAGAACUGCAUGCUGCAUUACAAUUGCUGUUCAAUGGAGAUCGUUCCUUGCCCAAGGCCCUUGCAGAGAUGCGAAUCGACCUCCCAGGGGCCCCCUUGGGGGCUCCCUUUGUAGACCCCCAUGGUCCCCCUGAGUCGGGCCUUGCUUUCCAUGGGGGCCCCCGGCAUCUAGCCGGGGGGCCCCUAGAAGAAGGACGAGACGGGGGCCCCGUAAGGGUUUGCCGGUACCCUGAACUCAUCUUUGGGGUUUGCAACCCUAGCUGGACACCGUCUGCUUCUACUCGCAACAGAGCUGUUGCUAUUAAGGCUUUUUUAUCUGUUGUUGAGGAGCAUUUUGCUCUUAUGCCGCGUAGUAGUGCAGCAGUAAACUUGAAUGUGUUGCUGGAGGUGGUGGGGAGUACGUGCUUCCUUGAGUUGUUGCCUCUGCUGCUGCCUACAAAGCAGCAGGAGCAGGAGCAGCAGCAGCAGCAGCAGAAAGAGGAGGAGGAAGAGGGGCCUGAUGGGCGUCAACGCUUCCUGCUGCUGCAGCAACUCUCUUACCGUCUAAGUCCCUCUUCCUUAGAGGCCCUCCUUAGGUGUCUCUUGGAGACACAAGGGUCUCCUCUCUUUGAUGCCCCGCGCAUCUUUGGUGCCUGUUGGGCAGCAGAGAACAAACACUUAGGAGAACUCGAGGGUUUAGCUGAUGCAAUAGAGGCAAUAAAUACACCAUUAAGGGGGACAUCUGUCUCCUGGAGGUUUCUAUUGGAGGUAGCGCAGCAGAGGCAGAGCGAAUCUUUCCUUAUUCAUAUAUUCAGGUGUAUAGGCAGCUGUUGCUGCUUGCUGCAGCAAGCAGCAGCAGAAGUACUUUGCGAGAAGGAUCCCUUAACUGGUCUGCCGCGAGACUCUUGGAGCUUUCUUAUGAGCCGCCAAGGCUUGCUCGUACCCAAAGAAGGGGCCCCCUCUGGGGGCCCCGUAGCCUUGUACCCUCAGCUGUCAAUACAGGAGAACACGGAGGACCUGACGGAUUCGAGUUCUACAGAGACAGUCACCAGCAGCGGCAGCAGCAGGACUGGCAGCAGCAGCAACAUUUGCAGCAGUAGCAGCAGCAGUAGCACUGGCAGCAGCAGCACUGACAUCAACAACAGCAGCAGUAGCAGUUGCAGCAGGAGUUGGCUGCGUGCUCCUUCUUUACACUUCAUAGGGACAGCAAAAGAGGUUGGGGAGGUCUUUGAGGUCCUUAGGAGACAGCAGCAGCAGCAAAGCCGUUUGCUGCAGACACAGCAAGACAUGCAAUCUAUCUAUGCAAUAAAUAACCAACUGAAAGAAGAAGACACACCAGGGGCCCCUCCUAUCUCGUAUUUCCUUGCUAGGCACCGUAGAUUGACGUUACGGGGACAGGAGCAGCAAACACACCCACCGCAGGGGGAGGCCCCUGAAGGGGCCCCUGCGAGUCCCCGUGAGGGGCAACAGUCUGAGGGGCCCCCGCAUUGGGAAACCCCUAAAGGGCACUCUGCGAGGCCCCCAGAGGGGCCCCCUGAUGGGUCUCAGCAGGAUUGCUAUGAGGAGACGGUGUCUUCUUCUUCUCUGUCUCCUAAUGAGUUUUCAUUUCCUUUAGAGAUAGGGGAGGAAGGAGCAGCAGGUCUGCUGCCCUUUGCUGUAGGGUUACGAGUAGUGGGGCCCCCUGGUAGUCGUGCAUCCUUAUUGUGUCUCUCUUGGGGGGAGGAGACAGUUAUAAUUGAUUUGCUGCAGAGACAGGAGGUUUAUGCUGCUGCUGUUGAGCUGCUGCUGCAGUGGCUGCUGCCUAACCCUCUUGUCCUUAAGGUCUUAUUCGAUGCAAGAGAGACAAUAGAGAAAAUAGCUGUGGGGCCCCUCCCUCUAAAGGAGCCCCUUAAGCCCCUUGUACAUUGUAUAGACUUGCGACAACCAAGAGUCUACAGGCACAUGGAGGCCCUCCCGCCCUUGCCUGAGGCGGUGCAGCGGGAGGCCCUGCUUACAGAUGCUUUAACGUUCGGGAGCGAGAGACUCUUUAGGGGGAUCCUCAUGCAGCAGCAGCAGCAACAGCAGCAGCAGCAGCAGCAUGGGCAACAAGCAGAGGAUGAGAGAGAGAUGCAGACACAGCUCCUUUCAAUUGAUGAGAGAGCGCCACAUAACGUGUGGCGAGUGGACAGGGAGAAGUCUGCGGCUCAGUUACGGGCCCCUCAGGACCCCUCAAGGGAGCCAAUGGCGGCGCUGCAAAGGGGGCCCCCCAUACCAGCGGAACGAAUUCGCAUGGGGAUCCCCAAAGGUUUCUUCAUGGGGCCCCCCUGGGUUUGG